AUGUUGGCAGUGCCCCGUGUGGUAAGACUUCAAUCGUCAGUGCGCUCUUUUGCAACUGCUGCUGCUGCUGCUGCUGCUAGUCAGCAACCCAAAGCCGUAAGCCAGAAAUUUAAGGUCGUUGUUGUUGGUGCUGGUCCUGGCGGUUUGUCCGUCUCCUCCACUCUUGCCAAAUUGUUGGGAAAGAAUCAGGUUGCUGUCAUCGAUCCCGCUCAAAGACAUUAUUACCAACCUCUGUGGACUUAUGUUGGUGGCGGUAUCAAGGAUUUCAGCGAAUCUUUCAAGCCGAUGGGAUCGGUGGUCCCCAAGGAUGCUGAAUGGAUCCAAGACAGAGUGGUGAAGCUCGACCCCGACAACAACCAAGUGACAUUGGCCAACAAUGAAGUCAUUGGCUAUGAUUAUCUGGUGGUGGCAGCAGGCAUCCAAAUCAACUGGGAUCAAGUCAAGGGUUUGAAGGAAGCUCUCGGAAAAGACGGUGUUACAUCCAAUUAUUCCGCCGACAGCGUACAGAAAACAUGGCAGUUUAUCCAAGAUUUCAAGGGCGGAAACGCUGUGUUCACCUUCCCCAACACGCCUCUCAAGUGUCCCGGUGCUCCUACAAAGAUCACUUUCCUUGCUGAAGAAGCUUUCCGUCGCAACGGUGUUCGCGAUAAGACCGACGUCAUCUAUAAUACUAGUUUGGGAAAGAUCUUUGGUGUUGAUCACUAUGGACGUGUCCUCCAGCAGUUGGCUGACGAACGUGGUAUCAAGGUUAACUUUCAGACUGAAUUGAUCGAAAUUGAUGCCGGCAAUCGCGAAGCUACGUUCAGAAACAACGCCACCAAAGAGUCCCACAAGGUUCACUACGAUUUCUUGCACGUUGCCCCUCCUCAAGGUGCCCCCACCUUCAUCAAGGAAUCCAAACUCGCUGAUGCGGCUGGCUUCGUGGAUGUGAACAAGGAGACCUUGCGUCAUAACAAAUACAAGAAUGUGUAUGCGUUGGGCGACUGCUCUUCCCUUCCUACCUCCAAGACGGCUGCUGCGAUUACUGGUGAAUCUGGCGUGCUCAAGCACAACUUGAUCGCCGAUCUCGAGGGCAAGCAAGUGGAACAAGCUGCCUACGAUGGCUAUACCAGCUGUCCUUUGAUUGUAGGCCGUGACCAAUUGAUUCUGGCGGAGUUCUCGGGUUACACCGGUUCGCCUCUCGAAACUUUCCCCGUUGAUCAACGUCAAAUUAGUCAGGCAGCUCAAUUCUUGAACAAGGAAGUCAUUCCCUCCAUCUACUGGAACGGUUUGUUGAACGGUACCUGGACCGGUCCCGCCAAGUUAAGAAAGCUCAUGAACCCUCUCCGUUCCGCCAACUAA